CGAGACGAAGAUGCGGCGGGGGUGGAAGAUGGCUCUGUCUGGGGGGCUGCGGUGCUGCCGCCGGGUACUGUCCUGGGUGCCAGUGCUCGUUAUUGUCCUCGUCGUGCUCUGGUCCUACUAUGCCUACGUCUUUGAACUCUGCCUGGUGACUGUUUUGAGCACAGCAGAAAAAGUUAUCUACCUCAUACUCUACCAUGCUAUCUUUGUGUUUUUUGCCUGGACCUACUGGAAGUCUAUCUUUACACUCCCACAGCAGCCAAACCAGAAGUUCCACUUGUCCUAUACAGACAAGGAGCGCUAUGAAAAUGAAGAGAGACCUGAGAUCCAGAAGCAGAUGCUCAUUGAUAUGGCCAAGAAGCUACCAGUUUACACAAGAACCGGGAGCGGAGCUGUACGAUUCUGUGACCGGUGCCACCUGAUCAAGCCAGACCGCUGCCACCACUGUUCUGUCUGUGCCAUGUGUGUUUUAAAAAUGGACCAUCAUUGCCCUUGGGUUAAUAACUGCAUUGGAUUUUCCAACUACAAAUUCUUCCUUCAAUUCUUAGCUUACUCUGUUCUCUACUGCCUGUACAUUGCUACAACAGUCUUCAGCUAUUUCAUCAAAUACUGGAGAGGGGAAUUGCCCAGUGUUCGCUCUAAGUUCCAUGUCCUUUUUCUGCUCUUUGUGGCCUGCAUGUUUUUUGUCAGCCUUGUGAUUCUAUUUGGUUACCAUUGUUGGCUUGUCAGCAGAAACAAAACUACCUUAGAGGCCUUCUGCACUCCAGUGUUUACAAGUGGCCCAGAAAAAAAUGGAUUCAACCUUGGCUUCAUUAAAAAUAUUCAACAGGUGUUUGGAGAUAAUAAGAAGCUCUGGUUAAUACCUAUUGGGGCCAGCCCUGGUGAUGGACACUCCUUCCCUAUGAGGUCUAUGAAUGAGUCACAGAACCCAUUGCUAGCAAAUGAAGAACCCUGGGAAGAUAAUGAAGAUGAUAAUCAAGAUUACCCAGAAGGACUAUCAUCUCUUGCUCUGGAAACAGAAACAUAGCAGUUUUCACAUUUCCUCCAUCUGCUAGACAGGACCCACUAUCUCCCAUGAGACUUACAGAAUUCAAUGUUGGGAAUCACUCUUAUCUUCAAAUCACCACGUUGGACUGAAAUAUUCAGAAAUUCAAAGCAUUUCAUCAAAUACUUGCUGUGCAGAUGUUUCAGGACUUUACACAUUAUUUAAUUUACUGACAAAAUUCAAAUUUAACAACAAUUACUUUUAAACUAGUUUCUUUUUCUUCCUCACUCUUUUUCCAAUCCAAGAAAGCCAUGUAAGACAUAUAUCUCUACAUUCAUCUUCUCAGGCAAAUGGGAACUUAAAAGAUUUCUUUUGAGCCUUAAUUAUUCCAGAAAGACUAUCAUAUCUAUAGCAUCUAUUUAAUAUUGAGGGGAAUUGGGAUAUAUUUGCUGUUUGUGUGCAUGUGCAUUUAUGAAUAUGUAUUUUGAAGAAUAGCUAUACAAAAUUCUGCCAUCAUGUCAUAAAAAUUAAGCUUAAAAAAGGGAUUUUAAUUAAUCAUAACUUUACCCUAAAGAGAAGUUUAUAUAUUUACUGAGCUUUCAACCUUCCCAUAUCAGAUAUCUGAAAUUUGAGAAAAUGCAACACACUGUGACCAAAGUCCUCAGAUUGAGAAUUUUCACAGAGGCUCCUCAAAGCACUAUAAGUAAUAUGCAAGAUCGAAUCAGAUCAGUACAGAUUUCUACUUUUUUAAACAACAACUAGGGUUUUAAAGACUUAGUACUAGGCUGUGGUAAGAUUCUUUAGUUAUUUGUAUUCAUUCUUCUGCUGUCUAGGUCUACUUUGACCUUUAUAUGAAACUUUUACAAUGAAAAAAUAAUAAGGCUAAGUUAUGGACCAUCAGUUUUAAAAAAGGUGUUAAAGGUGACUUUCAGGUUGAAUUACAGUGCUGUUCAAAGGAUGAAAAUUCCAUUGUUGACAUUAUCUGAGGAUUAACAAAAGAUCUGUGUUUUCACAGCAGGAGUUAAUGUACAGAUAGUGAUAACUGAACAGUAAUAUGUCAAUCUUUUCUUCAAGCUUUAGUGGCAACACAACCAUUAAGAUAGUUUACAUUCAUUUCCCCAUUUCUUUAUAAUCAACCUGUCUUUCAGUUCCACUGCCUGAAUCAAUGAGUAUGGAGACUAAUGAUGCUUUUUUAUGCUAAUAACUUGAGAGUGUUGAUGUUUUUCACAUUUUGACCAGUGUUGUAGUGCUCAACUCCUGACAAUAAGCCCCCAACUCUGAAAGAGAACAGUGCAAGUUAGAAUUAUCUGAGAUAUCAAAAAAUUGAACCAUUUGUAGGAUGGUUUGUUUUACUAAAUUAGCUUCCUAAAAUCUUUUUGAGUGAAAAAAGUCAGUUGCCUGCCACAGGUAACUCUAACUCAUUGUUAGAGUUCCAGCACAACUGAGAAAGUAAGUAUUGCAGCUACUUUACACAAUAACAAACCCUGUUUACUUAUAUCUGAUAGGUACUUUAGAUAAAUGUGAGACUUUCAGCAUAAUAUAAAUAGACUUUGGUGAGAUUUUCAUUUGAGAGAAUACUAAACAUGACUAAAUCUAUUAGGACCGGAAGUAAGGGAUUGUGUCUUAAACUCAGUAACUAAGGAACAGCGUAAUAGACUUUGAAUGCUGAACUUCAUGAAGAAGUCUUAUACAUUCAGAUUCAAAGAUUUUCCCUCUUUCUAUUUUCCUUCCAAAACUUUUCUUGUUUCAAUUUCUCAAAAACUUCUUUGGCUAUCUACAUAGUUUUAUGAUGGACAGGUUUUGUUUUCUAUUGUAUGCAAAUAUAUCUUUCUAUAAGUACAGGAAGAUUGUUUACGUCAUAUCAAGUAGGCCUCAAAGCAAUCUUCCUCUUUCCUAUCUGUCACCAUCUGCCAAGAGUAUAGACAACGCAGCUGCUAUUUAUGAUUCAAAGUCAGAAAGGCAUGAAGAACUUCUCUGACGCAUAGCAUGUUUUAGGACUAAAUGUCCUCACAAAAGACAGUAUUAGCAAACUACAGGGAAACACUUGAGAGGUAGAGCUCUGUGUAGCUAUAAUGUGACACUGAUUUUUUUAUGUCUAGCCCUAACUCUAUAUGCUAUUUUCCAGAAGGUCAAAUGAAUUAGAGAUUUACUCAGGGACUUGGAGAAAAAGGAAACCCUAUUCUUAUUGUAGCACUUUGAUCCUAUUAGUUUGUAGAUUGAUAAUAGCCCUAUCUGUAGAUCAUUUGAAAAUUGACUACUCUGCAUAUCCAUCAACUGGUUGAUUAUUGAUCAAGAAGAUAGAGAGGUUUGCUUAAUAAUAAGCAAGCCAUGAUCUGGCUCCUUGUCCUUCUUAUCAGUGGAACCCUGUUCAACAACCUCUGUGGGAUCUCAUUCCUUAAUUUAUGGUAAUCUUUUUUCCUGUUUUCAACAUGAAAGUGUUUGUUAAGAUCUUACAUCUGAAAGGUGCUAUGUAACUCCCUAGUGCUCUUCUAUGUCUUUAAUUGCAUCACUGGGAUGAAAAAUUUAACCAUAAUGGUAUUUCUAAGUUACAUGCUUCAGUCUUUCUUCCAAUCUUUUAUGCUGAUGUCUUGCUUAGAUGGCUUAGAGUACUUUGUUAAUGUUCCUCUAUUUGAUUCAACAGUAUCCUUGGAAAGAGACAAAAUAAAAAUUACUUAUCCUGUGGUAGAGCUGGAAAAAUUAAGGAUAAGAAAAUGAUAUAAUGCUAUCCAAAACAACAUAGAUAUGUUUAAAGUGCACAAUGACUUGAAUUUUUCAUACUGGAAUUACCAUGGAGCAGCUUAAAAUCCCAAUAACAAUGAAGAUAGGCUCAUAUUCCAAAGUAGUCUAAUUUUGUCCAAAAUAUUGAAGCACGCCAUUUAUACAACUCUUACAUUUUAAUUGAGUAUGUAUAUCUUUUUCCCAUUGGUCUUGUGUGGCACAUAAAUUUCCCAAAAUAUGGUAUUGGCCAGUGCCAUAAUCCUCUGUAGCAUCAUUAAAUCCCAAUUUCAGGGCUGGUUUUGCAAGAAAUACAAUGUGCUUCCCCAUGUUUCUGCCAAAUUGUGCAAUCUCCUGUCAUUUAAAUUAAUAGAGAUUCAAGCAAAGUCAUAGCAAGUAUGGAUAUCUAUUAUUAUAAUUCAGAACUUAAAUGUAAUUAGGCCCAAAUAUACAGGAAUAUGAAUCACUCAAAACCUAUCUCUUUUUUUUAAUCUUAGGGAGGGUCGACAGGGUGUUC